AUGAUCAUGUAGUGGAAGCAAGCAUCCGUCCAACUAUUGUUAAGCUCUGGAGUGAUUUCAAUGACCUUUACAGCAUGCUCACAGCCAGAACUGCUGAUAAUAGCAAGGUUUUAGAGUAUUUUCAGAAGGCCAAAGCAUGGGUCAACUUGUUUACUUCACUUGGAGGCAAAGCUGAGGGCUAUAAGAAGACAAAUGUUACCCCAUAUAUGCAUAGUAUGGUUUACCAUGCACCAUUCUUCAUGAGUAAACAUAGUGGAUUAAGCAAAUUCACCGGCCAAGGUGUUGAGAAGAAGAACGAUGAUUGCCGACGCAUUCAUCUUUUUAAAUCAAACAAGUGGGAUGCUGCAAAGGAUGUGCUAUUGGUGAGCAAGAGGCUAGAGAAUUUGCAAGAUUAUGAGAGGAAACCCAGGGAGUAUAUAAAGAAAAAUGCUGAGUACUGGGAUACGACCAUCAAGGAAAAGCGAUCACUUCUCAGGAAAAGUAUUCAAACACCUGAUGAACAUAAUCAGGAACAGGAUGCAGUAGCUGAAAUGAGCCCCCCUGAAAUCAGGGCAAAGCUAAAGAAGAUGGGAUAUCCCACAAAAGUACGAAAUGCUAAACGGCUGCAAGAGCUUUAUCAAAUUGCGAUACAGUCAGCUGCUCAGAGAUAA